UUCGCACACUUGAAGGAAGAAGAACAGCGUUAACGAGGAGACAGCGAGUUAGCCGCUCUCUUUGCUGCAUGUUUAGAUACUAAUAGAAAAUAGAAUAAAAUCUGGAGAAACAAACGUGGAAAAUGACCAAACUACAGCUUCUGCACCGGGCGCUGAACGAGCGGCUGAUGGCGGCGGUGGAGCAGAUAAUGGAGAUGGUGGGCGGCACGGUGCUGGAGUACGAAGCGGAGACGAUUCGGGCGCGGAAAGAAAACGAGAUUCUGAGACGGAGGCUGAGAUGGAUGGAGGGCGAAAUUCCCACCGACUGGCCAGAUGACGUUGACCCCUAUGUCCCUGAGCAGCCUGUUAGCCUGGCAGACGGACCAGUAUUUGAGGGGCUGGCGAUCAAAGCAGAGCCUGUUGAUGCCUCUGAUUGUCAGUCAUUUACACCUGACCCCAAUCUCACAGCAUCAGUGUGUACUGCUGAUUUGGAAACGGUCAAUCCUGCAGCCAGUCAACCUGCCAGUGCUGUCCUUCCUGAUGGCACGGUGUGGGAUUCGUCUCACAGCUAUAUGGCUCCGCUGGACUUUGACCCUACCAUGGCAGCAAGGCAAUGGAGAGGAAGGGGCAGGAGUCAGAAGAUGUCAUUUGCCUGCCCAGACUGCGGUAAAGUCUUCGGGAGGGAGCAGAGGCUGAUGUUCCACAUGCGCAUCCACUCUGCUGAGAGGCCCUACAUGUACCGCAGGCGCAAAGCCUGCUUCUACGGUGACAAGAAACGGAAGAAGAAACUUUGUGGUCUUUCCAAAUUAUAUCCAUCAAAAGAGAUUGUGGAAGAUCUGUCAGACGCUUCAGAGCAGACAGAGAAGAGUACAGGAUCAGCCAGCAUCAGUGCACCAAGAGCUACUGCCCCCAGUGCCCCAGAAGCAGAAACAGGCGAGAAAUCAGAUGCAGCCAGCAGAGACACUAGCAACAGCAAGUAUCCAGAAAGCAGUGGAGCCAAGCCUGUGGGUCACAGAGGCAGGCAGGGACCAAGCAGAUCCAAAAUUCCUCAGUGUCUGAAAUGUAAAAAAGUCUUCAAGUCUGUAUCAAGGCUGGCAACACAUAUGAAGACCCAUAGGAAGCCGUUUCCCAGCCAAGAGCAACAAAAAGAGCAGGAAGAUGCUGACGAGACAGACAAGAGACCACAAAAGCAUCCUAAGAAACCAAUAAUGAGAAACAAUGAAAUGGAGGUUGAAAGGGCCAAAGCAGGAGGCCAUUCCUUGUUUCAGUGCCCUGAGUGCAAGAAGAUAUUUGCUCGUUCCUGUUGGCUGACUUUCCACUUGAAGUCGCACGAACGGGAACGCUCCUUAGCCCGCAAAGAGCAGAAGCAGCUUCCAAGUAAAAAGAUGAACAACAAAGAUGCAGAACAACGCUCAACUGAGGUGACAAAGGACGCACAGGAGACAGUUGCUGAAAACAGCACAGCUCGUGUAUUAAAGAAAAUCUUUGCCUGCCCACACUGUGACAAAGUAUUCACUCGUGAAGGCUGGUUGGGGCCACAUAUUCGGAGUCAUGUACUUAAAACGGCAUCAAAAAGUGAAAUUCACGUACAAGCAUCUAGCAUCUCGCCUGUCUCUCGGAAGAGGGCUCGGCGUACCCUGUCUCAGUUGUCAAAAGAAGAUGCUGUUGAUGAGAAAAAUGUGACCAAAGAGAAAAGAAAGUCAGAAAUAGUCUCUGACCAACCAACAACAAAGACUGAGUCACAAAAAGUCAGUUUAGAAGCAAAAAGAAACUCAGAAUCUAAAACAAGCAAUGAUGAAUCUGAAAGAAUCGUGGAUAAAUCCAACAAAAUCUUAGAGGAAUCAAGAAGAAUCCCUGAAGAGUCUACCAGAGAAGCAAGAGACAUUCCACGAUCAAAGAAAACAUUCUCUUGUCGGGAGUGUGGCAAAGUUUAUUUGCUUCUUGGGUGUCUGAAAACCCAUAAGAAGAUUCACAAAAGAGAGAGGAUGGAAGAGAAGCAAAGAAGGCAGAUGCUCAAAGAACUUGGACAAAAGGAAAGGAAAGAAGAGCAAAGGAGUCUUGUGGAAGAAAUUAUGGAGAACAUUGAGGAAAAGAAACGAAAGAGGAAAAGGACACUUCUAGAGAUGCAGCACAGCAUCGAUAAUGUAGAGCAAACUAGGAACCCGGAUGCAACUGUAAUGCUGUCGAAGGAAAAUGGGGACAAGUCAUCUGAAAUACAGGCACCUGAAUCCAAAAACAAGGAAUCUGCUAAAAAAACGUCUGCUCGUUAUUUCUGUAAACACUGCGGCAAAGUCUAUGCUAGGAGGAACUGGCUUAACAUGCAUUUGCUUGGCCACAGGGAAGCAAUGCUGACUUUGCAGAAGAAAGUAAAUGAUGAGGCACAAAAGAGUGAUAAUGAUCAGAUGCCGCAAGAGGGUUCAUCCACUGAGGAUUCUGUAGUUCAGAAAGAAGAGGAUGGAGGUAAAGUUUCGUAUCCGUGUCCCUUUUGUGAUAAAGUCUUUCGACGAGGAAUGCGGCUGAUGGUGCACAUGCAGAUCCACUCAGGCGAGAAACCAUACUCCUACCGACAACGUAAAGAACAAUUUUAUGGUGACCUGACAAGACCCAGAGUCCCAGAUACCUGCAACCAGGAGCCUGCAAUAGAAAGCAGUGAUGAAAGGGAGAAGGAUGGAGGAUUCGCACUGACUAGGAAUCAGACUUCUGCAGUGUCCCAACAUCAUUCAAGUACCACAAAGCCUAUGGAAACUGUCCAACCUCAUUCAGUUUGCACUGGCAGCCUAGUACUACCUCUGCAGUCAGCUGGUGCUGCUUCCUACCACAGCAUGAAACAUCAAAGAACUGACACAGAAUCAGUUAGCAAAGCCAAAAGCCACUUCAGUUUGCAGCCUAGAAUUGUUCUAGAACCAAUUACAUCUAAAUCCAAGCCCUGGGCUCCACCUGGAGAUGUUGAUUUUAGAUCAGUCAAUUCUAAGACUGGUGACAAGGAACUGCACCUAAUGUCUGACGCGGCUACAGCAGGCACUGUAGAUUGCCAAGUGAAGCAGGGCUGUCCUCGAACUUCAGUUGAAAAUGCAUAUGAGAGCCAGAAUGUGUUGUCUGGUGUAACCUAUGCUCUUAAGUCAGAGACAGAUGAUCCAGGUAUUGUUUGUGCUACUGUAGGUUCAGAUUCUAAGUUAUUUGAAAAUACCUCCUACUCUGAAAAGAUCCUUGACAGCGUAGAGGACCAUUUAUACACAGAGCACUCCAAGAGCAAAAUGUAUGAAUUUUGGCAAAAAGAUGGUCAGGUAGAAAGCCUUGGUUGUUUGCUUGAUGCCAAGCAGAUGACCAUCAGAAGUGAACUAGAGUCCAGUUCUGGCACCAUGCAGCAAGUAGGUUACCAAGAGUCAGUCUGUAUGAAUCUCUCAGAUGUCAACAGUGAUUAUGAUGACGACGAUUGGUCAAAUGUAUCCAACAACCUAGAUGAAAAGAAAACCACAACAGAAAGUAAAGUGCAGACUGCACAGUUGUGUGUGAAAGAUGCCAUGACCAAUCAUCCUGCAGAAUUUCCCACCAACGUACAAGUCUGUAGUUCUUUAUAUAGUCAUUCGCAAAACAUGGAUCAAACUACACCGAAAAGGUUGGUGGACACAAGAACAGCCAACCGUUCCCUCCCCAGAUCCUCACAAAAAGUUAUUGGUGCUGCCUUAGAUGUAGAGUCUAUACCAGAUGAGAUAAAAGAACAGUGUACCUGCGACGGUCGGCUCACUAAGAGAGAUGAGCAAGUGGUCACCUCUGUCCCACAAACAAAGGAGAGCACUAAGGGCCGGAAGAGCUCGUCUACAUGUAUGAUUUGUGGUUUAAUAUUUGCUGGCAGGCCAUCCCUGUCACAGCACAUGCGGGUGCACUCUACUUCGGCAUGUAUUGGUAGGACGUCAUCCACCUUCAGGACAUUCAAGAACAAUGAAACAAAGAUUAAACAAGAUGAUGUGCAUGUCCAGACCUCAGACGUGCAUAGAGACGAUUCAGCAGACAACUCUGAAAUCUUAGGAAACAGCGACUCUGCAACAGUGAGGAAAGCAAGAGCAGUGAAGUCAUCUGGGUGUCAACCAGAUACGAAAAGCCGAUGCUCCAAAAGGGGCUGGAAGAUUAAGAGCAAAGAAUUGAAAAAGGAAAAGAAAACUGUUUACUGCAGAUUUUGCAGUAAAGCUUGUAGAACAAUAGAACUGCAUCUCCAGUAUGAUCACUCAGAGGAACCUGAGGUGAUAGAAGCUUUGCAUUUUAGCAAAACCCAAGAGGAGAGGAAGAAAUUAUUGAGCCGUCUUUACAGGCGAAAAAGCUCAGAAUGUGAAAACAUGCGUACAGUGAUGGAUAAAGACCUUGUUCAUUGUCUGUUUUGUCAGGGAUCUUAUCAAAGGAAUCAAUUUUGGAAACAUGCUUUGGUGUGUGAGCAGAAGGAACCGGAAAGAAAAGAGGAGCUGACAUUAACUGAAGCUACCAGCAGUGUACAUACUCCAAACACAAGGCCUAAUAUAGCACAGAAAACACUUGAUCCAGAGUCUGAGUAUCCGAUUCAGAAGUCCAUCACAACAGCACAACGGACCCUUCCAGAGUCACUGAAUGCUCCCUUACCAGAUGUUGGUCCUAGCAUUUAUCAUAAAUCCCUUUCUUCAGAUUCAGUUUUUCCAGAAAGUUGUAGUACUGAGCUAAACCCAACCUCUGAUCCAGUGAAAGCGGUCCCAAACAUUUUCACAGAAAUGAUGUCACUUGAUUCAGAAUCUUCGGGCCAGCCCAUUUUAGAUGCAUGCCAUAGCACAACAGAGAUGGCCCCUGUUACAUUAAUUGACAACAGUAUAACAGAGAGUCCAGAUGUGGAGCCAUCAGUUCCUCUAGUUUUAGACUCUUGUCACAGGACUAAAGAAAACACUUGUCUAGAAUUAAAGAAUGAUGCAGAAUCAUCUACUUGUGUUUCAGAACAAAAUAUUGAUUCUGAGUGCUCAGGUCUUCUCAUUCUGCAGUCAUCUCUAUCUGAUGCUAGCUUUAGUGAUGUUCAAAAGCCAUUUGGAACUUCUUUUCUUAGUUCUUCUUUUCAAGGCUCUGGCUCCUGUGGCAUACAGGAAAACACUAUUCAAGAUGUUUACUCCUUGCAAAAUUUAGACUGUAUUGGAGAAGGUAUUUUCUCUUCAGAAUCGGUGGGACAUGUAGACUGCAAUUCACACCAAACUCCUGGCCUAAAAUCACAAAGGAUUACAACCCCAAGAACAGACAUUGGUGACCUACAGCAAACCUUUAGAUCUAAUGCAGAAUUGGAGCAGACGGUCAUUGACUCAGAUAUGGGUGACCUUGAUUUGGAAUCAACAGAUUCUCUAAUUCCAGACCCUUUAAUUGGUGAUGUAAAGAGAACUGAUGGUGGUGAAACAGGAAGCCCUUGCAGUCUCAUUUUUGACAGUAGCAAACAUGGAGCCCCCAAGUUAGAAUCAGGUUGUCCUUUUGUUCUGGAUUGUAUUUCCACUAAAACACAGCGACCCCCUGAUCCAGACACAGACAUGCCAUUCAGAGGAGUGACAGAAACGUUUGAUUCUGAAGGUCACGUCAAAAAGAACAUGGGCAAGAUUGAAGAUUCUGGCCGCGGCGGUGUUUUUAAAGUUCUUGAUUCAGAUUGCACUGCAGUAGUAAAAAGGAAAUUGGACAGCCAGAGCAUCGAGUUCAAAGAAGCAAAGAGAAGCCAACAGAGCGAUCCCCCACAGCAAUCAUCAGCAGAAGUGAGUCCAUCAAGUAUUGUUCAAACUUCCAACCUGGAGUCUGGAUUUCAAGCAUCCAACCUGAAUUCCACAGUUUUGGAGAACAGAGGAGGAAAAGCUAAAUAAAUCAUAAACUAUAUUUCUGUUUGUGAUGUUGGAAACCUUGCUUCUAAAUCACAGACCAUCUCCAAUCUGAGCACUGGGCACUGAGAAGAGCCAAAGCCCUUAGUUAUGACAAGCUCAAAAGAAAUGAAACAACUGCUGGAUCUUUGCUGGAGAAAAGGAAACUUCAUGAUGUCUCAAAUAAGGACUGUGUGCAUUAUGAUUACUGUCAUGGGUUAUUUAACACAAUGUCUGUUGCUAAUUAUGCACAAAGGUGCAAGCAUAAACAUCCAGCCAGAGCUACGACUAGCUUUGAGUUGCUUCAACAGUCUCGUUAGUAGUGAAGUAGGAAGUGACCACAUGGCCUGUGUCACUCUGAAUGUAGCAAUAGUGAAGACAAAAUGACAAAGACUGAGCCAAGCAGUGAGGCCAGAUUCGCUAUAGAUAAGAGAAGGAAUUCUUGUGUUCAAACUCAGGAAAAAUGUUGAUAGUUUAUUUCUUGAUAAGAAAUGAUGAUUCCAGUGGCUACACUCAUAUUUGGAAUUUUUUCAAGAUUAUUGUACAGGUAGGAGAGAAGAGCAAAAGACAUGGGAGGGAUGCUAAGUUAUCCUACAAUGCAUUAAGCUGUUUCUUUCAAUGUUUUGGCUGUAUUGAAGAAAUGUAUAUGUUCAGCACCGUGAGGAAGAGAUGGCAUUUAUUUUUGUUCACGUAUUUUAAAGAAAUAAAUAUUCAAAUGCCUAAAUAAGCUU